UGUACUGUUGCAUACCUCUGCUAUGUGAAAGCUGUAGGUGAUUUACCUUGUGUUUGUCUUCUGUUUUUCUUCUCUUUCACAGGUUCAUCAAUGCCAGGAGAAGAAUAGUACAGCCCAUGAUUGACCAGUCAAAUCGAGCAGGUUUUCUUCUUGAUCCUUCAGUGAGCCAAGGAGCAGCGUACAGUCCUGAGGGCCAGCCCAUGGGCAGCUUCGUGCUGGACGGUCAGCAACACAUGGGGAUCCGGCCAGCUGCUCUACCAGGCAUGCCAGGGGAGUAUGUACCUCAGAGUGGUCCUAUGGGCAUGAGCAUGGCCCCACCCAGUUACAACCCUUCCCAGAUGACCUCCCAUCCCUCCCAGCUCCGACACGGACCCCACAUCCACCCAUCCUACUUGUCCGGCCCCCACCACCACCACCACCCCCAUCACCCAGCCAUGCUGAUGCACGGAGGACCCCACUCUCACCCAGGAAUGACCAUGUCAGCUCAGAGCCCCCCCCUGCUGACCCCCCUUGACCCCAGCACAGGAGGACAAGGCCUGGACAUCCACGCCCAAUAGUAUAAGGGAACUGUUACUACGACAACUACUACGACAACAGCAGCUACUUAGAGGAACGUCAACAACAUGAACCCACAAUCCCCAAGCAAGCUAUUUUGAGACUAUUUUUCAGAAUAAAAGCGAACCCUUUUGACCAGAAUUAGACGCUAAAAAACAGAAUUCCAGAUGAGCUGUGAUAAUUCUUUUUUUUUACCUGUCAAUUUUGUUACUUUCAUCCAUUGGAGGACCAAG